AUGAGUGAAACCAUGCGAGCUAUCGGCAUCAAAGGCGGCAAAGGCCCUGCAACAAGCCUCUUUGUCGACCAAAUCGCCAAACCUACAGCGGCAGAAGGCCAGGCCAUUGUCAAGAUCCGGGCAUUCGGCCUGAAUCGCAUGGAUCUACUCCAGCGACAGGGUCUGUACCCACUUCCACCCCAAGCCCCCUCAACCAUGGGCGUAGAGUUCUCCGGCGUGAUCGAGAGCUUUGGACCCGACGGACACGAAGAUUUCAAGGUCGGGGAUGAAGUUCUCGGUCUCGCAUACGGCGGCGCAUACGCCGAGUACAUUGCCGUGUCUACAAAGAUGCUCGUGCACAAACCGCACCAGCUAUCAUGGGAAGAAGCCGCCGGAGUCCCCGAGACCUGGAUCACCGCAUCCCAGGCACUCUUCCUGAUCGGCGAAUUCCAAUCCGGCCAAAGCGUCCUCUGGCACGCGGGCGCAUCGUCCGUGUCAAUCUCGGGAAUCCAACUCGCCAAAGCCGCCGGCGCGAAAGCGAUCUACGCGACUGUGGGAUCGCAGGAGAAGAUCGACUUCCUGGAAAAGGAACUCGGCGUGACCAAAGCCUUUAACUAUAAGACGCAAGACUGGGCGGCUGAGGUCCAAGCCGCGACGGGUGGCGCGGGCGUUAACCUGACUGUUGAUUUCGUUGGGGGCACUUAUUUCCAGGGGAAUUUGGAUGUUGCGGCGCGGGACAGCCGCAUCGUGUUGCUCGGACUUAUGGGCGGGGGCAAGUUGCCGGAUGGAGUGAAUAUCGGUCCGUUGCUGUAUAAGCGGGUGCGGGUGGAAGGGAGUACACUGCGCAGCCGGGACCUCGAGUACCAGGGUAAGUUGCGGGAUACCCUUGUUGAGCAUGCAUUGCCUCGGUUCUGUGAUGGGACGUUUAAGGUGUUUGUGGAGAGGGUGUUUCCGUUUGAGAAGAUUGAGGAGGCGCAUCAGUUGCUGGAGAGUAAUACUACUAAAGGGAAGAUUAUUUGUGUGUUUGAGUAG